AUGAACGGCGCUUCCGAAAGUCAACCUCGUAACUCUCAUGGUAUUCGACUUCGGCCAGUAUCAGACCUUCCUGAUGUAUACCGUGGUAUCUUCAAAUUUGGAGUUUUCAAUGCGGUCCAAUCGACAUGUUUUGACGAAGUCGUAUCAGGCAACAAGAACCUGGUAAUAAGCGCGCCAACGGGAAGCGGUAAAACCGUGCUUUUCGAAUUGGCAAUAAUACGAACGCUAGAGCAAAACAGAAACAACAGCAAGCAAGCUAAAUGCAUUUACGUUGCACCCACCAAGGCCCUAUGUUCUGAGAAAUUUCGCGAAUGGUCAACUAAAUUCGAGCCAAUCGGAUUCAAGUGUUGCGAAUUGACGGGAGACACUGUCGUUUUCGGAAAUAACGCAUGGGGUGACGCGAAGAGCGCCUCAAUCAUUGUGACGACCUGCGAGAAAUGGGAUAGCCUGACCCGAAACUGGCAUGAUCACGAGCAAAUUCUGUCUCAAAUAGAAUUAUUCAUGGUGGAUGAGGUGCAUAUACUCAAUGAAAAACGCGGGAGUACCUUGGAAGUUGUUACAUCAAGAAUGAAGCUAAGAGGCACCUCAACACGCUUCAUUUUGGUAUCGGCUACCGUACCAAACAUCCAUGAUGUCGCACAGUGGAUUGGAAGCGGUUUCAACAAUAAUGAAUCCGCGCGUGUGUUUGAGUUUGGAGACGAUUUCCGCCCUUGCAAACUCAUCAGACAUGUCGUCGGCGUGCCGCGCCGAAAUGGGAUCAACGACUUCCAAUUUGCCAAAGUCUUGGAAUAUAAGUUGUUCUCAACCUUGCAACAAUUCUCUGUUGGAAAGCCUAUUCUCAUCUUUUGUUCGACUCGAAAGGGUGUAUUUCAAGCCGCCGAACAGCUCAUGAAAGAAUUCGUCGAAACUGAACGAAAGAAGGCCUCACUUCCGUGGUCCCGUCCUCCGCACACUGGACAAUCCUUUUCCGACAGACGUCUAGAUGAACUCGCUGCUGUUGGCAUCGGAGUACAUCAUGCAGGGUUAACAUUGGACGAUCGAAGGUCAACUGAACAGCUGUAUUUGAAGAAAGUCCUCCGUGUCCUGGUGGCUACCUCUACAUUGGCUGUUGGCGUUAAUUUGCCGGCGCACAUGGUGGUCAUCAAAGGCGUUCACAUUUUUCAGAACAACAUUUCUCAAGAAUAUUCAGACCUCGACAUCAUGCAAAUGUUAGGUCGCGCAGGUCGGCCGCAAUUCGACAAGGAUGGGAUCGCUGUCAUCCUCUGUGAAAACGAUCUCGAGCAGAAAUACAAGUCCCUUCUCCAUGGGACCACCGUUCUCGAAAGCUCACUUCAUCUUAAUUUGGCAGAGCAUUUAAACUCGGAGAUCGGACUGGGCACUAUCACUGAUAUCGAAUCUGCGAAAUCAUGGCUGCGUAGCUCUUUUCUAUAUCAAAGGAUGCAAAGAAAUCCUCAGCGAUAUGCUUUGGAAGCCAGCGGCCCUCCACAGGAGCAAGACUUGGUGGAUGAAGUCGUGACCCAGAGCAUCAACCAACUGAAGGAAACUGAAUUAAUUGAACAUCGUGCACACGGAAGCUCGGUAGGAAAGCUACAGUCGACUCAGUAUGGAGAUAUCAUGAGCAAAUAUUAUAUCCGCCGCGCCACGAUGGACCUCAUCCUGAAUUUACCCCAGCAUUCGAGUCUAAGAGAGAUACUCGAAAUUAUCUGCUCAGCUGAGGAAUUUCAGGAUGUAAAACUAAGAAGUUCGGAGAAGACCCUUUUUCAAAGGCUAUCAAAAGACAUCGACAUCCGAUUUCCUGUAAAGAAGGUGGAGAAAACCUCCGAUAAAGUUUUUUUGCUUGUCCAGGCGGUAUUGGGAGGCAUAUCCUGGAAUGAUUACAAGACCACCGAAAGCCAACCUCAUCUCGAAGCCUAUUCAGUCUUCAAGUACAUUGCAAGAAUAGCGCGAGCUACCCUGGAUGUUGCGAUCGUCAAGAAGGAUGGGGCGCAGGUAAAGCAUGGACUUGAACUUGCACGCUGUCUCUCGGCGAAAGCCUGGGAGGACAGAGCCAUUGUUCUGAAACAAAUUGAACACUUAGGAGAGAAAUCGAUAAAAGUAUUGGCCGAGCAUGGCAUCACGUCCUUGAGCAGCCUACGACAACAGAAUCCUCUCAGAAUUGAAACGCUCCUCAACCGCCGAUCACCGUUUGGCCUUGAAGUCAUCGCCUCCAUGGCAGAGUUUCCCCAGUACAUUUUGAAGAUUACGGAACUGCAAGUUCGGUCCGACAAAGGCAGAAGUCCUGUAGAAGUUGAUCUCUUGGUUGAAUGCUCUGUGGCAGAGGAAAAGACCUAUAGCGUGAAAUCGAAGAAACAUCGCAGCCGGUCAUUUAACUGGACUGCAGUGUUGACUUUGACUUCCGACAUGGACUUCAUUGACCUCCGUCGGAUCCCGAGCAAGGCACUAAAAGGCGGGAAGAGUUUCGAGCUAACAGUCGAGCUUAAGAAGCCUAGCCAGAGUGUGAAUGUGCUCGUUACUUCUGAGAGCGUGGCUGGCGUUCUGGUACAACAGACGUAUAAGCCAAGUAUUUCGUCAAAUGAAUAUCCCGUUCUAGACACACGCCCGCUCUCUUCGACGGAUAUGGAUCUGGCUGGGUUGGAAGACGACCCAGAUUUUUGGAACAUGGACAUAGACAGUAGUAACUCCCUAGACGAUAUCCCUGCUGGAAAAAGGGGAGGUGAAUCGAAGGGGGAAAAGCAGGAAGUUCAUAAAACCGAGACUGCCCGAUCAGAGACAGUAUCAAAUAAUUCUGAGCACAAGAUCCGCCCUGAUGGUCGUUACGAAUGCAACCAUCCAUGCAAAGAUAAAACCAAGUGUCGCCAUCUGUGCUGCCACGAAGGAAUACCGGUGCCAGUGAACAAUUCCAAAAAGAAGGCUAUUUCAUCGCAGGAUGUUGCCCCCAAGCCGACGUCGACUGUCCAAAGGCUUCACGGACCCAAGAAGCCGACCUUUUCUCAGAACGAUAAAAAGCUGAAGCAACUCGAUCAGAUGCAUGAACGCGCGCAAGUCGCGAGCAACCUGCAUCUUUCCGACAAGCAGCGGCUAAAGCUAGAGUCCCCUGUGUCUACAAAGCGAAAGCGAUUGGAAUCAAUCGACUACAACGUUAACUUUACCGAGCUCAAGAAUUCAGAUAUCACGCCUUUGAUCGACGAGGCAGAUACGAUUGAUAGCGAUUCUUCAGACGACCUACCAGCGUCUAUUUUGGAGCGGCCAUCCACGAAACCAGUCUCUUCGAAGAUCAAAGAGCGCAAAAAUGUCACCACUAGGCCCAUGAAAGUCAAUGCAAUACCCUCAAGCAUCACAGGCGGAACGAAGCACAAGUCCUCACAGCAACCGCUCAAGAGGCUCAAGAGAAACGAAGAGGAGGAAUCCUUGAACGAUGUCCGCAGCAAGUGGAACAAGCAAGAACCGUUAUUUUUGCGAUCUCCUGUCAGUGAAGAUGACUCCAUCGAAGUAAUGUCUUGCCAGUCGUCCCCCAUCCCUAACAGAAUGGCGGGCUUCAUGGCAAAUCACAACAAGAAAGGAGGACUUCGAAUGCCUCCCACCCCUAUCCCACAAACACCUCCAAAGACGACUUCAGCUCUUCCGAAGGAAGCCCCACCCCAGAAAAGCCCUGCCAAUGAAGAAGUUAACGAAGAUUUCGCCGAAUUAGAUGCCUGGCUUCAAAGUGGAAAUGUUGAAAUUGUGUGA